GUUUUUUUUGCUCUUGGCGCUUUCUCAAUUUUUACAGAGCAGAACCAAGACUUUUUUCAGUUUUACCCAAUGCUUGUGAGAUUGGGGUUAUAAAAGGUAGUGGACCAAAAGGGAGAAACUUUUGUUUUUAUUUAGAUAGCAGUCGAUUUGGCCGAGGUGACGGGCUGUGCAGUGUAACGGCGGAAUGUUUAGCAGUAGAAUGUAGGAAACUAGUUCCUCGUCUCUUGUAGUUCUGCUAACGUCAUCAAGCGUUCCCAGGAGCGGCGUAAUUGUUUUUAACUGGAGAGUACCACAAUUUCAAUCUGGGAAGCCUUAAAUGAAAGUUAUCUAAAGUCAUAGAUCAUAAACUGAAGAGAGACUCCCCCAGUCGACAAUAAGGUGGAACAAGAUGAUGUUGUCCUUGAACAACCUGCAAAAUGUCAUCUGUAACCCGGUGAUCCCUUAUGUUGGCACCAUUCCUGAGCAGCUGGACCCUGGGACUUUGAUUGUGAUACGUGGGCAUGUGCCUAGUGAUUCAGACAGGUUCCAGGUGGACUUACAGUGUGGCAGCAGUGUGAAACCCCGAGCGGAUGUGGCCUUUCAUCUCAACCCACGUUUCAGAAGAUCUAGCUGCAUUGUUUGUAAUACUCUCCUUAAUGAAAAAUGGGGACGGGAAGACAUCACCUCUGACACGCCUUUCCAGAAAGAAAAAUCUUUUGAAAUUGUGAUAAUGGUGCUGAAGGAGAAAUUUCAGGUGGCUGUGAAUGGAAAACAUACACUCCUCUAUGUACACAGGAUUAGCCCCGAGAAGAUCGACACUCUGGGCAUUUAUGGCAAAGUGAAUAUUCAUUCCAUCGGCUUUAGCUUCAGCUCCGACUCACAAGGUACCCAAGCAUCUUCCAUGGAGUUGACACCUAUACAUAGAGAACAUGUACAGAGGUCUGGCAUCUCACAGCUUCCUAGUCAUAGAGUCGCACCUAGAAUGGCCUACAGCAAGAACAAAGAUUCGACUGUCAGUCACACUUUGACUUGUGCCAAAAUACUACCUACCAACUCUGUUUCAAAGACGCUGCCAUUUGUUGCAAGGCUGAACUCUUCCAUGGGCCCUGAGCGGACUGUCGUCAUCAAAGGAGAAGUGAACAGAAAUGCUAAAGGCUUUAAUGUAGAUCUAGUAGCAGGAAAAUCAAGGGACAUUGCUCUACACUUGAACCCACGCCUGAAUAGUAAAGCAUUUGUAAGAAACUCUUUUCUUCAAGACUGCUGGGGAGAAGAAGAGAGGAAUAUCACCAGUUUCCCCUUUGCUCCUGGAAUGUACUUUGAGAUGAUAAUUUACUGUGAUGUUAAAGAAUUCAAGGUUGCAAUAAAUGGUGUACACAGCCUGGAGUACAAGCAUAGAUUUAAAGAGCUCAGCAAUGUUGACACACUGGAAAUCGAUGGAGAUAUCAACUUACUGGACGUAAGGAGCUGGUAGUAGACAUGACUGCUGUGAAAAUGAAAUACAAAAUGGCUUAUGUAAUACUGGCCUAGUUAAAACA